ACUAUUCGAACCCAAUUACUCGACACAAUUUACCCCUUUAAAAGAAAUCAAUAAUGGACCAAGAUGAAGACGCAUACCUCUACGGAGAUGAUCCAGCAGCAACGGAGGAGACUUCCAUUAGCAGUGCGACUCUCCAGCAAGCUCCAAAUUCCCCUCCCACCGCACUACCUGAAAACCUCCCUGAGCACUCUGAAGGAGAUACACCAAUGGCAGAUAGCGCUCCCGAGCGUGCUGCUAAGGAAGGCGACCUAGAAGAAGAAGUCGACGACAGCGAAGAUGAAAUUGAAUUCGUAAUUGAGCGAAAAGACGGUACUCGACCGGAGCCGCCCCCUCAACCAUCUCGCUACAACCAAGUCCGCAUGGCCCCCACCCGCCCCAUCCCAGAAUCCUCCAGCUCCGCAAAAGCCACAACGCCCCAACCAUCAACCAGCACAACACCACAUCCCCCAACCGGUCCCGCAUCCUCCCAACACCCUCACCCUCCGACAAGCUCUUCUUCAAAACUAGACCUGAAUGGGAACCCAGCUUACCACGGAACGCCGAUAAAGUCCAUUUCCUUGGACUCCGACACGCUCCUACCCUCCGACAAACCGUGGCGUAAGCCCGGGGCUGACGUGACGGAUUACUUCAACUACGGCUUCGACGAGUUUACCUGGACAGCAUAUUGUCAGAAGCAAGAGUCCAUGCGGGAGGAAUUCGAUCCGAGGAAGAUGAUGGAGCAGAUGAUGUUACUCUCAGGUAUGACUGGGGGAUUGGGAAUGCCAGGGAUUGUUGUUGACCCGUCUGCUGUUAAUGUUGGUGUUGGGGGGAUGGACAUGAAUACUGCAGCGGCUAUGAUGGCUUUCAAUCCCACUGGAGGGGGAGGCAGCAGCGCCACCGGCGGGGCACCGACAACAGCAGUCGGUACAAGUGCCGGUGGGACGGAUAUGAGUAUGGUUAGUGGGAUGCGGCGCCGCUGCCGGGGCGUACGGAAUGGCGGCUGAUCCGAGGAGAGCUGGGAUGCCACCCCAAGGACCGCAGCAGGCGAUGGGUGCAUACGGCUACGACCAGAGUAUGAUGCAACAGCAGCAGCAGCAACAACAAAAUGUUAGGGGUGCCUAUGCGCGUGGGGGUAGAGGCAGAAGGGGAUGGUAAUUAAUUACGAAUUCCAUAUGUUACUUAUCGUAUUCUUUUUAUCCAAUGUAAAUACCUCCAGUUGUUCUUGAGUGUAAUCUUGUGUAUUAUUAUUCUUUUCUCGUU